GACGGUCACACUUCAGACAAGGAGAGUCUCGUACAUGCCUAGACUAAUCGAGAGUGUUUUGGCGCAGUAGCCAUCCCAGACGCUGGUCAUUCGCGAGCACUUCAAAAAGUCAUAAAGAAGAUCAAUCAAUGCGCAAGUAACCAUUACACAGAGAUACUGGACCCGAACCUGGGUAUCAGCCGAACGAUGGAAUGCACGAUAUGCUCUACUGCGUUUCCGUCCCAUGGGCAACCAACAUGCGCCUCGUGUGCUCGGGCUCUGGUUUAUCAGGCUCGAUUAGACAGAUUGGCAGAUUUGCUCAGCAACGAGACACUCCGCAGGCAGGUUAAGCAUAUAAUCUCUCCGCCCCAAGACCUCCAAUCGUCCUCGCUCUCUUCUGGCCCGGAGCUGGUAGACAUUACCGAGUGUGCAGGGAAGCAUGCUCAUGCGCAGGUCUUGCGGGAAAGUCAGGCCAUCCGCGUGCGCUGCUCUAUCAUCAACGACCAGCUCAACCAGCUCAGACAGAAGAUCGAGCAAGCCCGUCAAGAGAACAUCUCACGCAAGCUUGAGAUCAAACAGCGGCAUACCGACAUGAAACGUGAGAGGACCGAGAUGACUAGCCGUGUACCUCAGUUGCUCGAACCACUUCACGCAACUAUCCGUCGAAGUCAACGGCGGCUAGACAAAGUACACGCACGUACGCUCGAGGGUCGCACCAAGUUGUGUCAGGAGACGGCGAGAUUGGCGGGAUUACAGCAAAAGAGGCGACGCCUGCCUGACGGUAGCAUCGUACACGACUAUACCAUUGGUGGCAUCUCCAUCAUCGACCUGCGCCAACUCAACUCUGCACAGCCUCAACUCAUCAAUGCUUCACUCGCCAACAUAUGCCGUCUGUUGGUCACAUGUUGCCACUAUCUAUCUGUUCGUCUCCCUGCUGAGAUUACUACACCUCAUGCAAGCUAUCCUCAUCCUACCAUAUUCUCUCUGCAAUCUUCAUAUCAGGGCUUUCAGCUUCCCUUCCCAGGCUCUACAUCUACUCCGUCUUCCUCGCGUACUCUGGAUCAUCGCUCUCUACCCAAACCACGGCUCCUCCAUCUAGACCGUCCUCUGGUUGCUUUGGCAAAAGAGGACCCUGCUAAGUACAACUUGUUCGUCGAAGGAGUCGCCCUGCUUGCCUGGGACGUCGCAUGGCUCUGCACCUCCCAAGGACUUAAUCUUUCUAGCGCAUGUCAAGUCGUUUGUCCUGUGGGUCUCAAUCUGUACACUCUACUCCGCAAACAUACCAGUGGAAGCUCAACCCCUCAGCCAACCAACCCUGACCAGCCCACAAGUACUGGCCAGCCUUUCGGUCUGUUCUCUCAUGCGGGUGUCCCCCAGACUUCUUCUUUGGUUGAAGGUGGCGAUGUGAUGCGCAACUGGCGGACCGCCUCUUUUGCACGCUUCCUUGACAAAAUUAAGCAAAUUCUCUUCCAUGAUAUGUCAGGAGCAGAAUGGGAGGUCAUCUCCGGGGACGACUUUGACUACGAACGGGAUGACGAGCAGGCGGUACUUGUGGGUGGUUCCAGAGCUUCUCGUCCGGCGGCUUCGAUCACUUCGUCUUCAUCGAGGCGAGUUGUUGAGUCUGAAGACGUCGCAGGAGAUGACGGCAACAAAGGCUACCUAAAGUUAAAGAGUCGUAGAGUAGACAGAAUGUGAGCAGGUGAUCAGCGGGACCAAGGCAGCCAGGGAUUGUUCUCUGCACGGCUCUCGGUUCAUCGUGCAGAGACAAGCUGCAAUGUGAGCUCGAGAUGAAGAAGCGCAGCACAUCCAUUUUUAGAUGAUAGGCACAAGAACCAGUCUUGGUCAAAUCUUACAGCUACACUGCGAACCUGAUAUACACUAUAUUCCUCAUGACCACACAUUCCGAAUAUU